AUGGAGCUCCCGACCUUUAUCGCGAAUACUAUCUCUCUGCCUGAUCCAAGGUUCCGUCACCCAGCGACACCCGCAGCACUACUCCCUGUCUUCGCCUGCUACUAUUUGCACGCCAUCCUCGUUCUCCUUCCUCAGACAUCGGCGCUCAGGUUUGCUUUACUCCCUGUGACCGUAUGGCAAGCAUGGUAUGUGGCAGUGCACUAUGACCUUGCUAAAGGCAUAGCUGGGUUUCUUGGAGUAUCCAGUCACGAGAGAAUUGUCUGCUGGAAUUAUGCGUACGUUAUUGCCAUGUGUGUAAUCGUUCUGCGGGCUAUAGAAUGGACUUCCGUCAAAGGAACACUCAAGCGUUAUAGAACUCCAGAGGAUGUAGGAAAGGAUCCCAAAUAUCCCCCAACUAUACAUGGCGUCCUUCUCGAUGCUGUCGAUCUUAUCUUUAACCAACGUGGACAGUCAUGGUCAUGGUCUCGGCAUCCAUUCCCCAGCAAUUCGCGCGAAUCACAAUCUAUCCCCCGGCUCCUCAGCUCGCUAGUGUUUAAAUCUAUCGUGUUCGAUGCUACACACUAUGCGCUGCAGUAUUUUUGUCCUUCCCUGGAUAGACCAGAGGGUGAUACGGUAUUUGACACCUCGCUUCCUCCAGCUAUGCGCUAUCUUAAAGCAAUCUAUCUCACCAUAUCUUCCGCCAUAAUAGUGUAUACAGCGGUCGACCUCUUAUAUUUGACGGCCGUCAUUCCUGCCCGGCUUUUGCUUAGACACGAUGCGUCCCGCUGGCCUUCUCUUUCCAAUAGACCCUGGUUAUCGACGUCCCUCGCCGAUUUCUGGGGGCGCCGAUGGCACCAGUUCUUCCGCCAUAUUUUCAUCGCUGUUGGCUCGAGGCCCUUGUAUCCAUUGUUCGGCAGACCAGGUGCAGUCCUUGGUUCCUUCUUUGUUUCGGCUGUGAUACAUGAUUGGGGGCUGUGGGGGCUCGGCCGCGGGACGGAGUUCCUCACCGUCGGCGGCUUUUUUGUGCUCAUGGGUGUGGGUCUAAUCAUGGAAGAAAUUUGGGCGAAGGUCUUGGGGAGAAAGGUUGGUGGGUUCUGGGGCUGGGCGUGGACGAUGACGUGGACGGUCGGUUGGGCAACAAUGAUGGUAGACGCCUGGGCGCGGAGGGGCCUUGUGGGAAGUGACUUCAUGCCUCAAGGUUACAGACCGGGAAAGCCAUUGGUUGAUGUUAUGUUAAACCUUGUACGCGGGACUUGA